CAUUGCUAUGCAGAAUAGCAUUAUAUAUACCUGCCAAGAUGCGAUUCCUAAGGAACUGCUGCUGCAGGGGGCAGGAAGCUAGAACUCGUGGCUGGAUCUGGGACUCCAAUUCCCAGAAUCCUCGGGAGUGUGACGUCAGCGGCACAACGUGGUUGAACGCGGAAGUAGAAACAUUUGUUUACAUUGCAGGCAGAGGAAAUCGAGUUUGUUCACGGGAAUAUAUCGUGCAAUUAAAGGCUUCAAGCGCUGAUGUUACUUCGAGAAGGGAAAGGAGACAGAGAUGCGGUGCAGGACAGUGAGGUGGUCCUGACCAAAAUUAAGCUCUUUAGCAACUUCCAGGAGAGGCUCCUGGUGGCAGAAGACUCUGUGUCCACGCUCUCCACUGCGUCCGUUUCAGAGCAGGAUAUCUCGGAGCCCAUCACAGCCUCUGAGCUGAAGUACCGUCUUGAUGAAAAGUCGGGGCCAGACUACCUAUCUGCUAUUUUCUCAGACUCCCAGCUGCCGAGGCUAUAUAAGUUUGAGUCUGAGGAUUCUGGAGUGGAGCUGCCGAGUGGAGCUAACUCUCCGUCCACCCCAACUGGCUCGGAGCACAGCUUCGUGGUCCACAGCAGAGAGUCCUCCUGCAACUCCUGCAUCCUGAACUCUGACCCUGCCUCUCUGCAUGAUGAACAUACAUCUGAGAUCCAUCAGGCAGAGGACUCAGUGGAUAUCAGUCUUAGUACAGCAGGGGAUACUCAGGAUAAUGUGUUCACACACUCAGAGGAACUGAGUCCAGCUGUGGGAGUGGACCUGCUCACAGAGAGGGAACAGUGCAGGGCUGAGAUGUGUGAACAGCUCCAGGACACCAGAGCUGUAGGAGAAUGGACCUGCUCAGAGGACACAAGGCAGAGGAAGCACUCCUCACCAGGAGCCUGUGAUGACAUGAUGGACAACGACUGUGAGCCUGAGCCCAUAGGAAGGAGUGACACUAUUGACAGCCUGAAGGACUACAUGGACCAAUGCUGCAGACUGAGUGAGCAGGCUAGUCCCAGCCCUUUGAGCUCCGGCCUGGGUUACCUGGAGCACAUCUGCCAGCUGAUGGAGAAGAUGGGCCAGCUGCAGGAGACCAACCUCCGUCUGCAGAGGCACAUCAGCAGCCUGCAGAGAGAGGGCCGGGGGGCGAGGACCAGAGAGGACUUCUUCCAGCAGCACUGCAACUGUGGAGCAGCAGAGCUGGCGUUCCAGGACCCUCACAAGAGACCCUCCAGGAGUGAGUGUCUGUCCCCCAGUGGGACCCUGUCCGACCUGUCCACCAUCCACGAGGUCGGCCGGCACCCCCUCCUAUCCACCAGGACAGACAUGAGCAGUGAGACCCCGGUCCCUCUGUGGAGGAGAGGCUUGGAGCGGAGGAGUUACACUGAGGGGGAGGGGCACCUCGGGGACAGCAUGGAGGGACUCUCCCCCCCCCAGCGCAGGCUGAGUGAAAACUACACAUGGGGUCGAGUCAAAGACCUGGUCAGGAAAACGAAGCUGAGGAACCAGAGCAGGCUGGCCCUGAUCCCCAGCAGGCUGAAGAUGUCCUGCCCACAGCUCUACAUGCCGGACCUGGACCCAGUGGAACCUGCUGGCAGAAACAGAAACUCCAUGAUUGCCCUGGUUCACCACAGCCAAUUGGAUUUCCCUUGGCUACAAUAAACAUCCAGGUCCGGUUGGUAUCACAUGCGGUCCGCGGAAGAGGAGGACACCGUGAAGGUACACAGAGAGGAUGGAAGCCUGUAUAGGAAGAUGUGAAGAAGAGAAAGAAGGUCAUGAAGAAGAAAGAAUGGAACGGACUCUGGUGUUAGAGAUGAUGCUGCAGAAUGUAAGGGAGAAUGAGAGUGUCAAUGUUAAACAAAUUAAUUGUAUAUUGCAGUGUACAUGACAAAUAUAGGUGAUGUUCUCAUGACGAUAGGAUGGGGCUAACAUUAUCUACAGUGUGACAUAUUUGGACUGCAUUAUAUUUACUGUGUAAAAAACUAUUUACUAAAAUCUGUACAACUCCAACUGUUAUGAAACUCACAAACAUUGUAUUAGUGUGCUAUAUGAUGUUGUAAAUAUGUUAUAUACAAACCGCUUUGUACAGUGUGUAAGUAAUGUUUCAUAACCAGACUGCAUGCGGAAAUAAAGUUUAUGAAGAUUUCGGGGGAGAAAUACACAUCUACAGUGUCAGCCAUUAACCCUGAUAAUAGGAGUUAAAUAGAAACAUCACUGUCUUGAUAUAACUAGAAACUGUACUUUACAAGAGGUAUGUUUAAUGACAUGCAGAGCUCGUGUUGAACGUGUUAAGUGCUGUGAUUGAUCUUUGCCACUUCAGUUCUCCAUGAGUUAAAGUCCCUCAUAGGACAGUGAGUAAUGCUAGGUUGAUUUCACAUUAAUGCUUAAGCUUCGGUAUAUGCUUCAAAUGCAGUUCUUGUCUGACCAUCUAACUCAGGGAGUUCCAAACUGCGGCCCGUUGUCCAUUUUGAAAUGGUCCUCAGCUAAUUCUUAAAGUAUAAUGGAAUAUGGCCCACACCUGAGACGUGUGCUUGGCUUAUAUUGCACUUCUUAAAUAUAAGUGUAAAGACAUAAUUACACAGUAGUAUUCAUGUGUUUAUAAGCAAACUUUUCAAAUCAAUUCAGUUAAAGUUGAAAACAUGUUCUAACAAAUCCCCCAAAAGCCCAAUAACCUAUUUGCAUAACAAGCUUGAAAUAUACCCUCCUAUUUCCACUUAUUAUAAGCAGUCUGAGGCUUCUGCUUUAAGGGAUGAGCUUUUUGUAACAAAAUAAAUGAAACCCUCUGGAGAGCUGU